AUGUCUAAUAACCCUACACACUACCAUCACCUUUCUCUUCCCUUGUCUUCAACCCCUGCAGCUACUCAAAGAAGAGGCAGGAGAAGAAGCACUACAUCUACUGACACUUCAAGGUUCCUUGGUGUCCGUAGAAGACCUUGGGGAAGGUAUGCUGCUGAGAUUAGAGACCCUAAUACUAAGGAAAGACACUGGCUUGGUACCUUUGAUACUGCUCAUGAAGCUGCUCUUGCUUAUGAUAGAGCUGCCAUUUCCUUAAAGGGUUUCCAAGCUAAGACCAACUUCAUUUACUUCUCUUCUUCCUCUUGCUCUCCUUCUCCUUGUCCUCCACCUCCACCACCACCACCACCUCAAGUUUCUCAACCUGAUCAUAUUGUUGCACCUCUGCCUUGUGAUGAUGAUCAUGGAAGUAUUGGGUUGGACUUGCCAGCUGAGUUUGAUUUCUAUAGUCAUGCAAAGUCUGGGUAUUUAAGCAGUAUCAUUCCAGAGGGUUAUUUGUUAUCUUCAUCAUCAUCAUCAACUGAUCACAAGAAGUACACACCAACACAAGAACAACAACAACUACAACAACAACAACAACAACAACAACAAGUGAAUAGUAAUGAAGACAAUAUUGUAAGUUUGGAUGAAGCAAUGGUUGGUGGGAAUUAUGAUAUUAAUGGUGGCAUGUGGGAUGAUGUUGUGGAAGAGCCUUUGUGGGAGUUGAGUACUACUGCAUGGGAUGCCAUGCAACAAGAACAAACAGCAACAGCAUCAACAUCUUAUAAUUCAUGCAUGGAUGGUUUUUUGGAUUUGGAUUACUACUCUUUGUUUUGA